AUGGUGAUGAUCCUGAGUCAAAGCCUCGACAAGCAGGGAGCCGACCCCGUGGCCUGCAGGACCUUCAACCCUGAGCCGCACACGCCAAAGAAGAUGAGUCAAGGACCGACACUUUUCUCUUGUGGAAUCAUGGAAAAUGACAGAUGGCGAGACCUGGACAGGAAGUGCCCCCUUCAGAUUGACCAGCCGAGCGCCAGCAUCUGGGAGUGCCUGCCGGACAAGUGCCAGGACAGCGCCCUGUGGCACCGGGAGGCGGCCACCGCCUGCGCAGUCACCAACCUGAUCAAAGACCUCAGCCUCAGCGACCACAACGGGCACCCGUCCGCGCCCCCCAGCAAGCGCCAGUGCCGGUCACUGUCCUUCUCGGACGAGAUGGCCAGCUGCCGGACGUCGUGGAGGCCCCUGGGGUCCAAAGUCUGGACGCCGGUGGAGAAGAGGCGCUGCUACAGCGGGGGCAGCGUGCAGCGCUAUUCCAACGGGUUCAGCACGAUGCAGCGGAGCUCCAGCUUCAGCCUCCCGUCCCGCGCCAACGCGCUCUCCUCUCCCUACGACCCGGCGGGACUUCACCCACGGCCUGGCGGCCCGCCUGGCCCGGGGGCGCCAGGCCCGGCCACCUGCGGACAGGCGGGCGACCUCUGGGGCCCCGCGGCGAGCCCCGUGGGCGGCGGCCGGCUGGACAUGCAGCGCUCCCUGUCCUGCUCGCACGAGCAGUUCUCCUUCGCAGAGUACUGCCCGCCCUCAGCCAGCAGCACCCCAGCCUCGACGCCGGAGCCGGCCAGGCGCUCGGGGGGGCUGGCCCGCAGCCGCUCCCAGCCCUGCGUCCUUAAUGACAAGAAGGUGGGCAUCAAGCGACGGCGCCCCGAGGAGGCGCAGGAGCAGAGGCCCUCCCUGGACCUUGCCAAGAUGGCACAGAACUGUCAGACCUUCAGCAGUCUCAGCUGCCUGAACACGGGGAUGGAGGACCGGAGCGCCCACAGCCCCUUCACCCUGCACAUUGGCACCACCAGGUCCUGGGCCGCCCUGCUCUCGGCCCCCAGCGCAGGGGGCAGGACGCCCGCCGGGACCCCGGUCCCCGAGCCUCCGCCCUCCUCCCUGGACGACCCGCUGGCCUGCCGGGAGGAGCCGUGCUGCGAGGAGCCGGGCACAGCCUGGCGGGACCGCGGGUCCCGCAGCAGCCCCUGUUCCCUGGAUGGCGAGCUGGACAUCGAGCAGAUAGAGAACAACUGA